AUGGAGCAGAGACAAUGGCCCCUGCCCCAGGCCCACCGUCUCCCGGGAACCAUAGCAACCCCCUGGUGGAGACCCCUCGACACGAGGAGGAGGAGGAGGAGGAGGAGGGAGAGCCGCCGAUCGAGGCUGAGGAAGCGAGGACCGCGGCCAAGGGUGGUCCACACCGCGGGGUCCUCGAAACCCUCCGGGGGAGCCUCGAAACCCUCCAGGGAGGCCUCGAGACUCUGCGAGGGGGCCUUGGCGACGCCCCGGGGAGCUUUGAGACCCUCCGGGGGAGCCUCGAAACCCUCCGGGGGAACCUCGAGACCCUCCGGGGGGGCCUGGAAAGCCUCCGGGGGGCCCCCGGCGACGCGGCGGGGGCCCUCGAAACUCUCCGCGGGAGCCUGGGCGACGCCCCGGGCGGCCUCGAAGCCCUCCGCGGGGGGCUGGAAACUCUCCGGGGGGGCCUGGAAACUGCCCGGGGCGGAACUGGCAGCGCCCUGGGAGGCCUGGAAACUGUCCGGGGGGGCCUGGAAACUCUCCAAGGGGGCCUGGAAACUGACCAGGAUGGCCUCGGCGGCGGCCCGGGGGGCCUGGAAACUGACCGGGGUGGCCUUGGCGGCGCCUCGGGGGGCCUGGAAACUCUCCGAUGGGGCCUGGAAACCGUCCGGACUGGAGCCGGCAGCCCUCUGGGGGGCCUGGAAACCCUCGGCGCCGGCCCGGGGGGCCUGGAAACCGCACGAGGCGGCCUUGGCGACGCCCCGGGGAGCCUGGAAACCGCCCGAGGGGCGCCCGCGGUCAAGGAGGAAGCCGAGGGAGGGGGGGCCGCCGAGAGACCGACGUUGGAGGAGCCGGGAGGGAGCGGGGCGGGGGAGGGGGGGCGGGUGGGUCUCCGUCGCCGCGGCGGCGUCACCGUCGUCGCCGUCCUCCUCCCCUCCCCCGCCCCUUCCCGGUGAGAGGCGCCGGGCGCCACGGCCUAACCGCUUCCCGUGCCCGGAGUGCGGCAAGGGCUUCGCCUGCCCCUCCCACCUGCAGCGGCACCUGCGCACCCACACCGGCGAGCGGCCCUUCGAGUGCUUCGCCUGCGGCAAGACAUUCGCCACCCUCAGCCACCUGGCGCUGCACCGGCCGCGCCACGCCACCCACCGGCCCUUCGAGUGCGCCGUCUGCGGCCGCUGCUACCCCAGCUACCCGGAGCUGAGCGCCCACCAGCGCUUCCACACCGGCCGCCGGCCCUUCCCCUGCCAGCUCUGCGCCAAGCGCUUCUACACCUCCAGCGAGCUGCGGGUGCACCAGCAGUGGCACACCGGCGAGCGCCCGCACGCCUGCUCCAGCUGCGGCAAGCGCUUCGGCCGCCUGGGCCACCUGCUGGAGCACCAGCGCAUCCACACCGGCGAGAAGCCCUUCCAGUGCCCGCUCUGCGGCAAGCGCUUCCACUCCUCCAGCAACCUGACCCGGCACCGGCGCUUCCACAGCGGCGAGCGGCCCUUCGGCUGCGGCCAGUGCGGCAAGAGCUUCUACACCUCCGGCGACCUGCGACGGCACCAGCAGACCCACAGCGGGGUGCGGCCGUUCUGCUGCGCCACCUGCGGGCGCGCCUUCUACCGCUCGGGGGACCUGGUCAAGCACCAGCGCACCCACACCGGCGAGAAGCCGCACGGCUGCCCGGUGUGCGAGAAACGCUUCUACACGGGCAGCGAGCUGAAGAUCCACGGCCGCUUCCACACCGGGGAGCGGCCGCACGGCUGCCCGGUGUGCGAGAAACGCUUCUACACCUCCAGCGAGCUGCGCAUCCACGGGCGCACCCACACCGGGGAGCGGCCCUUUCGCUGCGCCAACUGCCCCAAGGCCUUUUACCGCUCCAGCGACCUGGCCAAGCACCAGCGCACCCACACCGGCAUCAAGCCCUACGCCUGCCAGCUGUGCCCCAAGCGGUACUACACCUCCAGCGAGCUCUGCGUCCACGGGCGCACCCACUCGGGCGAGAAGCCCUUCCGCUGCCAGCUGUGCCCCAAGGGAUUCUACACGGCCAGCGUGCUGGCCAAGCACCGGCUCACCCACCUGCCCCGCGACCCGGCCGCCACCUACCAGUGCCGCCUGUGCCCGCAGCGGUGCGGCAGCGCCUCCCGCCUGCGCGCCCACGAGCGCCAGCACGCCGGCGAGCCCGCCUUUGAGUGCCACGUCUGCCGGCGGCGCUUCCACACCGCCGGCGGGCUCAGCAAGCACCGCAACGUCCACGGCCGGGCGGGCGAGCGGCCGCCGGCUGCUGCCGGCUCAGCCGUCACCCCUCCUCCUCCUCCCCCUCCUCCUCCCCCUCCUCUCCCCUCCGCCCCCAGCCCACCCCCUCCGCCCCCCUCCACCUCCUCCUCGCCGCCGCCGCGCCCCCUGUUCGAGUGCGGCAUGUGCAAGAGGGGCUUCGCCUCCUGGGGCCAGCUGCUGGCCCACCAGCCCGUCCACGAGGGGGAGCGGGCGCUGGAGUGCGCCCUGUGCAAGCAGCUGUUCGUGGCGCCCCCCACUGGCAAGGGCGGGCAGGCGGGGGCAUCGCCGGGGGGCUCGGAGCCCCACCGCUGCCCGCUCUGCAAGGGGCGCCUGGCCUGCUACGACAUCGGGGGCUUCGGGCUGGGCCUGGAUCCGCUCGGCUUCGAAGCCUGCCUGCAGGGCUGGCAGCCGGGGCUAGGGGGCAGUAGGGCGCUGGGGGAGCUGUACGACCAGGGGGGGCUCACUCACCCGGCCACCUGGGGGGCUGGGGAGAGCGGCACUGGCCAGUGAUGGCGCGGGCCCCCCCACCUCUGGGCGGGAGCCUGAGGGCACAGGGGGCAGUGCCCUCCAGGGAAGACCCGUUCGCCCCUCCCCUCACCCCGCACCUCGGCACCCCGACCUUGCCCCCGUUCCUCCCUCGGCCCCCUCCCCCUUUCAGAGCGAGGGCACUCCUGGUGUCGGAGGGAGAGGGGAGGCCGGAGGACCUUUUGGCGAUGGAGAUGGAAGGGGGGAGGGCGAGACUCCAGCCGAUGCCCGGACUCUGGCCAGGAGGGGCAAGGAGCAGACUGUCAGCGCCACCCGGGCACAGGCACACACCGUCCCGGCCCCACCCGGCCCAGGGAGCGGCCCGGAGCUCCGAACAUUUUCCGCUCACACCCAGGACAGGCUGGAGUGUGGGCGGCUUCACUCAGUGUCGAAUAAGCUUUCUGUUCCAAUGUGAAAUAAAACCCCGAUUGUCACGUU